GAAAUGUGAUUUCGCUGAGGGGAUGGAGUUGGAGAAGCAAGAGCGGAGGAGAGCAUAUAAAGGAGUGCUGUCUCUCUUAGCUUCGGCUCCGGAGAAAGCCAUCGCGCUGCUUUACGUGCUUCUGGCUCUCGCCUUCAUGUUCUUCAUGGCUCUCACCAUCGUGAAUCUCCGGAGAGUAUCCGCGGCGUGGGAGGCGUUGGAACAAGCCCGCAUGUGGAGCGAGAACAGCCACGCGACGGCGUGGCACAACCUCUCGGAGGUCCAGCGCACCCUCGAUAAACAGUUCUCUGGUGAGCUCAAGGCGAUCCACGGCCGACUUCUGAACGUGUCGCAAGAAGUGGAGAACGUGCAGUGGAAAAUGACGCGGUGCAAAGCGGAGUGCUGCGGGAAGGAGCUGUUGGAUCGCAUCCGCGUCCUGGAGGAAAGGGACGCGCUGGAGCCGGUGCUGCGGCAGCUGGAGGAGUUGAAGCAGGAGCAGAUCCGCGCGUCGGCCUUCCUCAACGCGGCGCUGGAGGAGACGCGCAACCUCUCAGAAAUUCUCUGCACGAGGUGCCCCGCCGGCUGGCAGCAGUUUGCCAAAACCUGCUAUUUCUUCUCCACCACCACCAAACCCUGGCUGGCCGCUAAAGACUUCUGCACCGACUUCAACGCCCAUCUUGCCAUCGUUGACAGCGAGCUGGAAAACAAAUUUCUGGCAAAUCACAUCAUGGACAAUCAGAUUUUCUGGCUGGGCCUGACCGACAUGGACAAAGAAGGCGACUGGCAGUGGGUGGACGGCCGCUCCCUCUCUCUCUCGUUCUGGAACAGCGGUGAACCCAACAACGUGGGCCACCACGGUGAAGAUUGUGCCACCAUCUACUCCAGCGGCCACUGGAACGACGCUACCUGUUCCCUCGCCGAGCCCUGGAUCUGCGAGCGCAGCUGCUAACGGUUUCCCCCCCCGUCUCCGGGCACCCCAACUCACCCUCCCGGGGCUUAAAAACGGGGGGAAAACAGUAAAAACCCGGCAGAACCAAGCGCAGGGUGAAAACACAAGGCUCUGGGGUAAAAGAGGUGUCCGAAAAUGGGUUAACCCCCCACCCCGCUUCCCAAAAGCGGGGUGCGUUGCUUGGGGGUGGGCAUAGCGCUGUGGCGGAAGGGUUAAACCGUUUGAGGGGGUCACUCCUUUGGGGAAAAUUUAGAGAUUUUGGGGUGUUGGUUAAUGUUUUGCGAGCCGUUUUCCUGUUGUGCCGAGGCUGGACGUUAUCGCUUGCUGGUUAAUCAGGAAAAGAA